AUGAUAAAAACCGUCCAAAUAUUAAUUAAUUCUCGAUUUUGUUUGAUAUUAUUUUCUCCUCAUAUUCUUGAUAAAGCUCUCUGUACAGUGAUAAAUGUAUGUAAUAUUAUAACAAUCGAUAACCCAGCCCAAGGUACAAUGGAGAAGUACCAGGUUAUCCAGACAUUUUGGCCCAUCCGCAAACAAGACCGCAGGAGAAAGAAAAACAAAAAUAAGAAUAAUAACUGGGCAGUGGCAGCAAUAUACAAUGGACCACAAAACAAAGACCUGAACCCCGUAACUGCAAAAGAUCACACACCAGCAACAAGGGCACUGUAUAAAACAAAUAAAAAGACAGCAUCAUAA